AUGGCCUACAACCCGCGCCAGCACACGCUCCUUGUCGUCGGCGGCAACGGCUUCGUGGGCAGCAACAUCCUCCAGCGCGCCGUGGCCAAGGGCAUCGAGGUGCGCAGCUUGAACCGGUCGGGCAAGCCGACGUGGGGCGACCAAGUGCCAUGGGUCGAGAAGGUCGAGUGGAUCCAGGGCGACGUCUUCUCGCCGACCGAUCUGGCCAAGGCCGUGGACGGGGUCACGGGCGUUAUAACGACGGUUGGCGCCUUUGGCAGCAAUGAAUUCAUGCAAAAGAUGUGCGGCGACGCCAACAUUGAAGUUGUCCGCGCCGCCAAGGCUGGCGAGGUCGACCGCGUCGUCUUUAUCUCCGAGUCCCGCGUGGGCAAGGACAUCCCGACGUGGGCGCCCUUGUACGGGUACUUCAACGGCAAGCAGCGCGUCGAGGAUGCCAUUGCCGCCCACUUCCCUACCACCGGCGUCUGUCUGCGCCCGGGCAUGAUCUACGGCACGCGUCGCGUCGGCAACUACCUCCUUCCGCUGCAGUGCUCUGUCUAA